GACUCAAUCAAGGCUGUUUUGUUUGUUUCAGAGUUUAUAAAAAAAAAAUCAUGGGGUACGACACAGACGUUUUAAGAAUAGUCAGCAUGAACGCCUCAGGCCGGAAGGGGAGAAUGUACAAUGACUUCCGGAGAGAUAAUUUACGCAACCUGGUAGAAAACGAGAGACCUGAUAUCAUGUUUCUCCCUGGAGACAGCCCCGGUGAAGACACGUUUACUCAGACCAGCUACCAGCAGCUAAUGGACCCGACUAACAACGAAACAGUCCUUUUGUACGACUCCACGCGCCUGAGGAUCCGACAACAACCGACAGGUCAACAGUUCAAAAUUCCAAACUUCGAUGUUGACAAAGUCUUGUCACCUAUGGUGGACAUUUGUUCACCAGCACCUGCAUCCCAAGUAGUAAAACAGUUCAUCUGCGUAUCAUGGCAUUGGCAACUGACAGUAGAAAGAGGGACAAAAGUCAUCUAUGAAAACGGAAAACAGUUCAUGAUGUUUGCGCAAUUCCUGGCUUGGUACACCGGAACUGAAGUUUUGAUUGGUGGUGACUUUAAUCUACCAAUGGACAAGAUUAAGGAAAUGAUCACAGAGCACAACCGAAUGGUUCAAGAUGGGAUUGACAGCAUCAAACCAUAUUUUCAGCAACUUGGUUACAUGGACUGCAUGACCGAAAACAUACACAGACCAGAACGCAGACUUCGCCAGCUGAAAUUGCACACCUGUAACAAUCAGGAGAAGAACACCGACAUCAGCUUCUUCGUGGCGUCCAAAGAAAUGCAACUGAUGGAAACCAGGCACACCAAGUUAGAAAGCCUGGCCUAUCGCUCCGCAGGUCUCCAAUUAAACACAAGUACCCGAGUUCCUACCUACUGUCCAGAACCCACCUACACCAAGACCCAGAUGUACAUCCCAUCAAGACCACCCAAACAUCACGGGGAAUACGAGUCCUUGCAUUUAGAUGACAACAUCGCUGUCAUAGGAUGUGGAAAAGAAGUGAAAUUUCUUCAUUAUUAUUCAAACAAUUAUUAUUCUAUCAAGCAAUGCAUUGGUAUGUUUACGAUAUUCAAGUGCCUACUAGGAGAACUAGCUUUGGCAGCAAGAGGGGGUCGACUUAUUGGUUGGAAGGAUGCCCGCCAAUACGCAAGAUUGUCUCUCUAUUUUAAUCAAAUACGCGAAAUUUUGAAUGAAGAAGAAGUAUAUGGAGAUAUCGAUGACAUUUUUUUUGACAGUUUUAAAGAACGAUAUUUGGAUAUGCCAUGUGCUGGCACAAGAGUAAGAAGAGGUAGACACUGGAAUUAUGAAAACCAGGAUGGCUAUGGUGUUGGAACAGUGAUAGGACAUUGCAAACGAGUCGGAUGGUUAUUUGUUGAAUGGGACAAUGGUAGUCAGUUUUCAUAUCAGUUUGGAUAUGAUGGAGAUCUAGAAGAAUAUGAUAUCCAGAUGUGUAAUGAGCCACGAAAUAUUCCAGAAAACCAAGAAAUAGCGAUUGGGUGUCUUGUUCGCAAAGAAUACGAAUCUUUGCAUUUGGAUGAAAACGUCGCUGUCAUAGGAUGUGGAAAGGAAUGCCUAUUAGGAGAAUUAGCUUUAGCCGCAAGAGGGGGUCGACUCAUUGGAUGGACGGAUGCUCGUCAAUACGCAAGAUUAUCUCUCUGUUUUUAUGUUGCUGGUAGUCUUCUCAGAAGGUUUCCCGACGAGACUAUCACAGAAACAAUCGUGAAAGGUGAAUGUUCAAAGUUUGGUGGAAGUGAAGAUGACAUUAAUCAAGUAUGUGAAAUUUUGAAUGAAAGAGAAGUAUAUGGAGAUGAUAAUGACGUUUCAGAAGACAGAUUUAAAGAACGAUAUUCGGAUAUGCCUUGUGCUGGUACGAGAGUAAGAAGAGGAAGACACUGGAAUUAUGAAAACCAGGAUGACUAUGGUGUUGGAACAGUGACAGGACAUUCAGAAGAAGUCGGCUGGUUAAAUGUUGAAUGGGACAAUGGUAAACAAUUUUCAUAUCGAUUCGGACACAAUGGAAUUUCGGAAAACUAUGAUCUUCAAGUGUGUAAUGAGCCCAGAAAUAUUCCAGAAAAUCAACAAAUAGCGAUUGGGUGUCUAGUGUGCAAAGGACCUGACUGGCAAUGGGGCAAUCAAAAUGGUAGCGAAGACAGUAUUGGAACUGUGUACCGGAUAAAAUCCAGAGGAGAAGUAUAUGUGAGAUGGCCAAAUGGAAAUAAAAGCAACUACAGAUUCGGAUACAAAGAUCAAUAUGAUUUAAUACUGUGUGAUCCACGCAAACCAGAGGUAGCUGCAUCGUACAAGUUACAACUUGAGAUGUCCAAGCAGGGAAAAAACUGGAAGUCAACAUAAGGAUCUACUAAACUU